AUAGUGAUGUUUUUGUUUACAUUUCUACGCAUUUCUACGGUCUUCGAGAGUCUUUUAGUCAGAGGGUCUUAUACGUCUUAUUACUUAUAAGUAUUUUAAUAGCCUCGUACAUUCUGUGACUUUUUGCGUAAUUGAAGUGGGAUAUAUGUGUAAAAUCUAAAUUUAUAUGAUGGAGACUUCUCAUAAUAUAGUCCAUUAUGGUGGCUGUCAUUGUGGUCAAGUGCGAUUUAAAGUAGUAGCCCCUUCGAUUGUAGUUGUCUUUGACUGCAAUUGUACCAUAUGUACCAAAAAGCAAAACCGGCACUUCAUUGUUCCAUCAGUUAAUUUUACUUUACUCGAAGGAAAAGACCAAUUGAGUACAUAUACCUUUGGGACUCAUCAAGCGAAGCAUCAGUUUUGUAAAACAUGUGGAGUUCAGAGUUUUUACUUUCCAAGGUCUAAUCCUGAUGGAAUUGGUAUAAUGCCUCACUGUGUUGAUCAAGGAACAAUAGAGGAUAUCAUCAUAAAGACAUUUAAUGGCCAACAAUGGGAAGAUAGCAUGGCACAAUUUCCAGAAAUAAAAAAAUUUUCAGACCUCUCAUAAAAAAGAAGGGGCAACUGGUCUGGUUAAGUAGAGCACUUAACUCUUAAUACACAGCAAAAAUGUA